UGCUCAAGGUGGUGCCCUCUUAGAAAUCCAACAGAUUAAGGAAUGGGGGGGUCUUCAGGUGGGAGUUCUAACUCUAAAGAGACUGAGAGCAGCUCUUAACCAGGUGGAGAUGAAGUUGGUUGGGGAGAGGCAAACGAAGCAAACUUUUUUUUUUUUUAGAUUUUAUUUUAUUUUAUACAUGAGAGACAGAGAGGGAGUCAGAGACACAGGCAGAAGGAGAAGCAGGUGCUCGAGGGGAACCUGAUGUGGGACUCGACCCCAGGACCCCAGGAUCAUGUCCUGAGCCAAAGGCAGAUGCUCAACCACUGAGCCACCCAGGCGUCUCCGAAGGAAACAUUUUAAGGAAAUACAGGGGGGCCUGAUAGCCUGGAGCAGCUGAGAAACAGUUCCUAUGGCUUUAAAGCAGGUGGUGGCGAUUAUUUAAUGAAACAAGUAUGGAAGGACCUAACUCUGACCCAGAAGUAAGUAAGACGCCAGGCCUGCAACGAACUCAAGUCACCCGUGGGGGAGGGCCUGAAAAUUUAUACGGGGGGCGUGGCCUCGGGCGGCUCCCGACGUCCUCUUCCGGGACAAGGUGUGUGCCCCGGAAGCACUUGUUUGUUGAGCGAUUUUUGGGCCCGUUUCGGAGACCGCGGGGGUGUUGUCACCAUGUUCCUGUCCGCGGUCACCUUUGCCAAGAGCAAGUCAAAAACCAUUCUGGUGAAAAUGCUGAGCCAAGCUGGAACAGGUUACUCCUUCAACACUAAGAGAAGCCGACUACGGGAGAAACUCACUCUCUUACAUUAUGACCCAAUUGAAGAGAAUGUUCUGGGACAGUGGACUGCUUGGCUUUCUGCCCACCUCCUGAAUACCCUGCAGGCCAGAAUGAUGAUGUUCGCCUUGGGGCCUGCCCCAUUGCCCAAGGUACCAAAUAGCUUGGCAGUUCUCCCAGCAUAUAUUAUUGCAGUGAGUAAAUGGUUAGUUUAAGGGUAAUGUUUUAUUAGUCUGCUUUAUAAAGGAAACAGAAGAGUUCCCAAUUAUUUGAGCAUUUCAUAGCAUACUCUGGCUAGAACCAGCCUGUGUCUUUUCAGACUCCUUUUCCUCAUAUAAAACUAGAUGCUCAUUUGCAACGAGGAAGGAUUAAAGGCUGAGGCGUAAGCUUAUUUAACUUUGCUAAAUAUAUGAAGGCUUAUCGUAAAGAAAAUGAAAACUUGUCAGUUUUGAUUCCUUGGAUGACUAAACAAGACAAUAUAGACUUUAAUUGAAGCAGAAUAGAUCUAGGUUAGAUGUAAGGAAAGAGUUUGACAGAUUUAUUCUUCUAUGAAUUAAGCAGCAGAUAUUUUGACAGAAAAUUAAUUUAUGUUUAUGAUUAUGGAUAGCAAUGUGUCCUUUCAAUUCAACUGUAUAUCUGACAACAAUUCUGUGAGGGAGAUGGAGUUAUCCCCCUUAUAGGGAAGCAAACUGAACGCCGAGCAUUUUGAGAGAGGCAGAGACACAGGCAGAGGGAGAAGCAGGCUCCAUGCACUGGGAGCCCGACGUGGGAUUCGAUCCCGGGUCUCCAGGAUUGUGCCCUGGGCCAAAGGCAGGCGCUAAACCGCUGCGCCACCCAGGUUUAAACCCAGUUUCAACUCCAGGCUCCUACUUUUUCUAUGAAGUGGACCUAAGUUAACCUUCCUGUUAUUAUUUUUGAAAUCGGGGAGUGCUAUAAGGCAUUUUAAGAACAAUGAAAACCUUACUGCCCAGCACUAGUUCCUGACCUUUCAUCCAGGCAAUUAGUACUUUUUUAAAGAUUUUAUUUUUAUUUACUUAUUUUAGAGAGCAUCUGCACAUGCAUUAGUGAGGGGAGGGGCAGAGAGGAAAGGGGAGGGAGAGAGAAUCUUGAGCAGACUGUGCUGAGCAUGGAGCCCAAAGCGGGGCUUGAUUUCUUUUUUUUUUUUUUAAAGAUUUUAUUUAUUUAUUCAUGAUAGACAUAGACAUAGAGAGAGAGGCAGAGAUACAGGCAGAGGGAGAAGCAGGCUCCAUGCCAGGAGCCCGACGCGGGACUUGAUCCCGGGACUCCAGAAUCGCCCCCUGGGCCAAAGGCAGGCGCCAAACCGCUGAGCCACCCAGGGAUCCCACGGGGCUUGAUUUCUGACCCUGUGAUCAUGACCUGAGCUGAAACCAAGAGUUGAACACUCAACUGACUGAACCAUCCAGGCACCCCAGGCAAUUAGUACUUUUGUUUUGGUUUUGUUUCAGAGAGCUGUACUCUGUUAUGGUAUUUUCAAUAAUGAGAUUUUGGUUAUAGUUUUCAUUCUAUUACCAUACUACAGAAUCCAUAUUUGGGUAUAUUAAGGCAUCUCUGGAAAGUAUAAGGUUUGAUGUGUAUUUACUCUUCUAGCCAGACUGCCUUUUCUUCCUUGGUCUGCUCAGUUCUUGUUGCUUUUUUUCUUUGGAGUCCAGCUCUUGUCUGGUCUUGCUAAUCUUCUGCAAAAGUGUUCAUUAACUGGGUGAAGACUUUGAGUGCUUUCCAUGCUUUGUUCCUUGCUUUUUUUAAUUUGGAUAUUUCACAUUGGGUGAGAAAUGACUGUGGGGUACCAGAUGUGCCACUGAUUGGCUGGUGAGCCUUCCCUUGGCUUCCUUCCCAUUU